AUGCGAGCCUUAGCUGAUGAUCUUGCGCUGGCUCAGUGUCCAGUUUCGGAUGAAAAUCUAAUUAUUUAUAUAUUAACUCAGUUAGGGGAGGAGUACAACUCUAUUAUAUCUGCCGUCCGUGUUCGUGAAAAGCCAAUUUCCUUUGGUGAAUUGGCGGACGUGUUGACUGACCAUGAACGUCAGCUGAAGACAACGGAUGAGACGCGGCAAUCGGUACUGGUUACUGCCAAUAUGACUCACCGUGCUUCGCCACCCCCAUGGUCUAACCAGCAGUCAGCUUCCAACCGGAGGGCCCGCAAUAAUGCCUAUAAUAAUGGCGUCCACCGACAAAAUUGGCAACAAGGGGGUAAUAAUCGCUCCAGUAUUAUUUGUAAGUUUUGUCAUCUUACAGGACACGAAACCAAGGUAUGUCGCAAGCUAGCCAGAUUUCUUAAAGAGCAUAAUGUUGUCCCUAUGCAACCGUAUAUGUCUCCUACAGCCAAUGCUGUGACUGGGGCGUCUCCUCCCUGGAUGUUUGAUAGUGGGGCGUCACACCAUGUGACACCAAGCCUCGCUCCUCUGCAGACUUUCACCGAGUACAGUGGAUCGGAUGAACUACGUCUGGGUGACGGUAAUUCCUUACAAAUAUCCCACAUUGACCAGUCUGUCAUUCCCACAUUGAAAGUAAUAGAGUAUUUCGAUCAAAGAUGCAGAUAA